GAUUGAUUUUUACAUACCUAUCACGUUUCUUCAAAUGACGAUGAAAUGAAAUAGGAUGCAAUUUGAACCUUACAUUGCCGCUCAAAAACUCCUCUACCUCCUCCGCUCAGCCGCCAGCCGCCAGUUGCCUGCAGUAACCCGCCACAUCCACGCCCACCUUCUCAAAUCCUCCUUCCUCCCUUCCCCUCCCUUCCCAUCCUCCCUCAUCAACGCUUACACCAAAUCAGACCUCCACCUCGACGCUCACAUCCUGUUUGACGAAAUUCCCCACCCGGACAUCAUUCUUUACUCCUCCCUCUUAGCAGCUCACGCUCGUUCCAAUUCCCCUGCCUCCUUCUUCUCCAUCUUCAAGCGGAUGAUCUCUGUCCAUUUCCUCCUCCCUGAUGACUUCAUCCUUGCCACCCUCGUCAAUGCCUGCGGUCGCUUUCUUUCCCCCAGCCUUGGCCGCCAGGCUCAUGCCUACGUUAUAGUCUCCACUUUCUCGUCCGAUGAUAUUGUCAAAUCCUCACUUGUUGACAUGUACUCCAAGUGUGGCCUGCCAAAUGAUGCUCGUCGGGUCUUUGAUUCCAUUGAGCUUAAGAAUUUUGUUUCCUGGACCACAAUAGUUUCGGGGUAUGCCUCCAAUGGCUGGAUUGCUGAAGCUUUGGAGCUUUUUUGGAGAAUGCCUGAAAGAUCAGUUUUUGUUUGGACUGCUCUGAUAUCCGGGUUGGUUCGUAGCGGGAAUAGCUUUGAAGCUCUGAACUUGUUUGUGGAAAUGAGAAGGGAGGGGACUCUCAUUGAUGAUGCUUUUAUUCUUUCUAGCGUUGUCAGUGCUUCAGCUGAUAUGGCAAUGCUGGCCCUUGGAAAACAGCUUCAUUGCUUUUCUGUAUCUCUUGGUUAUGAGUCAAACACAAUGCUGGGCAAUGCUUUUGUGGAUAUGUAUGCAAAGUGCAGUGAUAUAUCAUCGUCGAGAAUGGCAUUUGAUAAGAUUUUGUUGAAGAAGUGUGUUGUUUCAUGGACUACUAUGAUAGUUGGAGAGGCUCAGCAUGGCAGGGCGGAGGAGUCAUUGGCUUUAUUUGAUAGGAUGGUUAGUUCCGGAGUGAGGCCAAAUGAGGUCACAUUCAUGGGUCUAAUUUAUGCUUGCAGCCAUAUCGGCUUAGUUUGGAAGGGCCGGGAACUGUUUGAUUCAAUGCGGAAUGACUAUGGGAUUGAGCCUUCGUUGAAGCACUAUACAUGCUUGUUGGAUCUUCUUAGCAGGUCUGGGCAUCUUUCUGAGGCUGAUAAUCUCAUUCAGAUAAUGCCAUAUGAGCCCGAUGAAGCUGCUUGGGCUGCUCUUCUGAGUGCUUGCAAUAAGCAUAGAGAUAUCCAGUUGGGUAUACAUGUAGCUGAUAAAUUAUUGAGAUUGAAACCGAAAAUUUCUUCAACAUACAUAUUGUUAUCUAAUACUUAUGCUCACGCUGGAAAGUGGGAUUCUGUGGCAAAUACAAGGAAAUUGAUGGAUGAGAUGGAGAUAAAAAAGCAGCCUGGCUAUAGCUGGAUUGAAGUUGGGAGGGAGAGCUGCUUGUUUCAAGCUGGAGUGGUGCCUCUUCAUAUGAGAGAGACCAUUCUUGAUCUGCUCAAGGAAUUGACGAAGGAAAUGAGGAAGAGAGGUUAUGUCCCAGAUACUAGCUCUGUCCUGCACGACUUGGAUGAGGAUGAGAAAGAGCUGCAACUAUUUAUGCACAGCGAGAGACUCGCAGUUGCUUUUGGGCUUCUGAAGUCAGCAUCUGGGAUGACGAUUCGGGUUGUGAAAAACCUUCGUGUUUGUGGUGAUUGUCAUACUGUUAUGAAGCUCAUCAGUAGUAUUUUUGGUAGGGAGAUUGUGGUUAGAGAUGCCAACAGAUUUCAUCAUUUUGAGUGUGGAAGAUGCUCUUGUGGUGAUUUUUGGUGAUGAAGGACCUCUAUGAUUUUAGUUGGAGCUUACUUCCAUCAUCUUUUUGGUGAGAGAUUCCCUCUCAGCAAUGUUGGGAUAUUGGAGCUUUUUCAUCAUUCAUUACUGCAAUUCAACACUUGACUUCUAAUCCUUCAUUUGUGAAGUAUUGAUGCGCGCGGCGGUAAAGUAAUGAAUUAUUGUCUUAGCGUUGCAUGAGAAUUCAACCCACACUCAGGUGAA